GGGCCGCGCGCGAGCGCAGCGGUGGGAGGCGGCGGCGAGUUGCUGAGUGCAGGGUGCUGGUCGUGACCUCCUGGCUUCGGGCGGACGUCAGCCCAGCUUCGUCCUUGCCUCGACCUCUCUCCGGUCUGUUGUGAGCCUCCGCUCGGCCCCGGCCUCGAGGGCCGACCGCUCCGCACCCCCUCGGCCUGCCGGGCCUCAGGCCGCGCCCUGCCCCCGCCAUCGGGCCGAACUCGCCGCGUCGGACCCCGCCGCUUGCCACAGGUUGAGGCCCCAGGCCUGGCCUCACCACGAUGUGGCACGAGGCUCGGAAGCAUGAGCGGAAGCUUCGAGGUAUGAUGGUCGACUACAAAAAGAGGGCAGAGCGGCGGCGAGAGUACUAUGAAAAGAUCAAGAAGGACCCAGCCCAGUUCCUGCAGGUGCAUGGUCGAGCUUGCAAGGUGCACCUGGAUUCUGCAGUUGCCCUGGCCGCCGAGAGCCCCGUUAACAUGAUGCCCUGGCAGGGGGACACCAACAACAUGAUUGACCGCUUCGAUGUCCGCGCCCACCUGGACCACAUCCCUGACUACACCCCGCCUCUGCUCACCACCGUCUCCCCAGAACAGGAGUCGGACGAGCGGAAAUGUAACUACGAGCGCUACCGAGGCCUGGUGCAGAACGACUUUGCUGGCAUCUCAGAGGAGCAGUGCCUGUACCAGAUCUACAUUGACGAGUUAUACGGAGGCCUCCAGAGACCCAGUGAGGAUGAGAAGAAGAAGCUGGCAGAGAAGAAGGCUUCCAUUGGCUACACCUAUGAGGACAGCACGGUGGCCGAGGUGGAGAAGGUGGCAGAGAAGCCGGAGGAGGAGGAGUCACCGGCCGAGGAGGAGAGCAACUCGGACGAAGAUGAGGUCAUCCCCGACAUCGACGUGGAGGUGGACGUGGACGAACUGAACCAGGAGCAGGUGGCAGAUCUCAACAAACAGGCCACGACCUAUGGCAUGGCCGAUGGCGAUUUUGUCAGGAUGCUCCGGAAAGACAAGGAGGAGGCAGAGGCCAUCAAACACGCCAAGGCCCUUGAGGAGGAGAAGGCCAUGUACUCGGGCCGUCGCUCCCGGCGCCAGCGGAGGGAGUUCCGGGAGAAGCGGCUAAGGGGCCGCAAGAUCAGCCCACCCAGCUACGCCCGCCGAGACAGCCCCACCUAUGACCCCUAUAAGCGGUCGCCCUCGGAAUCCAGCUCCGAAUCCCGCUCCCGCUCCCGCUCCCCGACCCCAGGCCGCGAGGAGAAGAUCACAUUCAUCACCAGUUUUGGGGGCAGUGAUGAGGAGGCAGCCGCAGCCGCAGCUGCAGCAGCUGCGUCAGGGGCCGCCACAGGGAAGCCCCCCGCGCCCCCCCAGCCAGGCGGCCCCGCACCGGGACGCAAUGCCAGCGCCCGCCGCCGCUCCUCCACCUCCUCCUCCUCCUCUUCCGCCUCGAGGACCUCCAGCUCCCGCUCCCGCUCCAGCUCCAGCUCCCGCUCCCGCCGCGGCGGGGGCUACUACCGCUCUGGCCGCCAUGCGCGCUCCCGCUCCCGGUCCUGGUCGCGCUCCCGCUCCCGCUCUCGGCGCUACUCGAGAUCCCGGAGCCGCGGCCGGCGGCACUCAGGUGGGGGCUCCCGAGACGGACACCGCUACUCCCGUUCGCCUGCCCGGCGCAGCGGUUACGGGCCCCGGCGCAGAAGCAGGAGCCGCUCCCGCUCAGGGGACCGGUACAGGCGGGGCGGCCGGGGUCCCCGGCACCACAGCAGUAGCCACAGCCGCAGCAGCUGGUCCCUCAGCCCGUCCCGAAGUCGCAGCCUGACUCGCAGCCGCAGCCCCAGCCAGAGCCGCAGCCCCAGCCAGAGCCGCAGCCCCAGCCAGAGCCGCAGCCGCAGUCACUCGCCGUCGCCCCCAAGGGAGAAGCUGGGCAGGCCGGCAGCGUCCCCCGCUGUGGGCGAGAAGCUGAAAAAGACCGAACCUGCUGCUGGUAAAGAGACAGGAGCUGCCAAACUGUCCACUGGGGCUCCCAGACCCUCGUGGCCCGUCUCCACAGCCCGCCAGUCCUGCGCACGUGCCCCCGCAAGUCCCAGGCUCUCGGAUGAGGUGGGUUGUGGAAGCUCCGGGACACCCACCCGGUCUCCUGCCUCUUCUCCCCCUCCCCAGCCCAAGCUGACGCCACAGGAGAAGCUGAAGCUGAGGAUGCAGAAGGCACUGAACAGGCAGUUCAAGGCGGAUAAGAAGGCAGCUCAGGAGAAGAUGAUCCAGCAGGAGCACGAGCGCCAGGAGCGGGAAGACGAGCUUCGAGCCAUGGCCCGCAAGAUCCGUAUGAAGGAACGGGAACGCCGAGAGAAGGAGAGAGAAGAAUGGGAACGCCAGUACAGCCGGCAGAGCCGCUCGCCCUCCCCCCGUUACAGUCGAGAAUACAGCUCUUCCCGAAGGCGCUCAAGGUCCAGAUCCCGAAGCCCCCAUUACCGACAUUAGGCAGAAGCGUCGGGGGGCAGAGGGAUGAGGGGGUGGGGCGAGGGCUCAAGCUGUGAUGCUGCUGGUUUUAUCUCUAAUGAAAUAAAAUCACACAUUAUUUAAUUCUCUUCA